UUCCCGAUUCGCUUCCCUAUUCGUGUCGGCGUCGAAACUCUCCGAAGACGGUUCUUUCCUUGAGGGUAUUCCAGAAGAGGUCCAUCGUAAGGAGUUAAUCUACUGCAAAAGGCGAAAUCGAUCGUAAGGAGUUAAUCUAAGAUCAAACGGGAGGGAGAGAGAAAGAGAGAGAGAUGGAAGCGAACAGCGGCAGCGGAGGCCGGAGAGUGGACGGGAGCGCCAAGGCGAGAGUGGUGGAGCAGAUCAGCCAGGCGGUGCAGUCGACCUCUAAUCUCCUUCGCCUCAUGCAGGAGUCGUCUCCUUCCCAGGUUCAAUUGGCAAAGCUGCCAAAGAAUCUCUUGGCCAAAGUAUCUACUAUUAAGAACACCGGGCACGUCCUGGAGCAACUGCCUCGUGUCAUUUCUUCCUUGGAUGCUUACAUAGAAAGCAGCUUGCAUAGUGCUACGCAGCUGAUGCCUGUCACCCAGUUGCUUUCUAACAUGCAAAACUCUCAGCUCAAGCAUGCAUUUCCAGCCAGUCGGCAAGGUGAAGAGCCAAAAGAAAUCGAGUCAGCAAAAAUCGAUGAAGCCUAAUCUUCUUCUGGCGUUGGAAUUUCAUCCUUAAGUUGCAGAUUAGUUGCUAACAUUACCAAAUUUCAGCCUAAUAUUCUACUAUCGACGUAGAAUAUCUUUUCAUAUUGAUUUCAUAUUGCACUUGUAUCAAAAGACAUCAAAUGAUAUAACUUCAGCUUUUUUGAAUA